CCAGUUUCUCUUGGGGUAUCUGGAUUUGUGGCAGUUAGUCUCUUCAAGGGCUGGAGAGUAAUUCCAUACAAGGGAGAGGAUGACACAAAUUUCCGUGUUUCAGCUUGUUAGCUACUGCACUUGCGGGAUCCUGGCUGGAAUUGUUGGUGGUCUGCUUGGUCUAGGUGGAGGAUUUAUCAUGGGUCCUCUGUUCUUGGAGCUGGGGAUCCCUCCCCAGGUUGCAAGUGCUACUGCCACCUUUGGCAUGACAUUCUCCUCAUCAAUGUCUGUUGUAGAAUAUUAUCUUCUGAAACGUUUUCCAGUACCCUAUGCUCUCUUCUUCACUGUUGUGGCAACUGUUGCUGCUUUUAUUGGGCAGCAUAUUGUGAGAAAGUUUACCAUUAUGUUCGGAAGGGCAUCACUCAUAAUCUUCAUCUUAGCCUUCACAAUAUUUGUUAGUGCAAUAUCACUAGGUGGUGUCGGCAUAUCAAACAUGAUUGGCAAGAUCCAUCGGGGUGAAUACAUGGGAUUCGAGAACCUCUGUAAUUACGAUGCCUAGCAUGUUUUCAUUGUUUUCCUUCGUUUCUUUAUUUCAUUCAUGUUGUUGUAACUUGUAGCUGUUCUAGGGGAAAUGUUUGUAUCAUUUUUCUGGGUUGGUUGAACAAAAGCAUCGCAAUGAU